GCUCAGUAUAAAUUCUAGCUCUCAGUCGAGCAGACGUGUUUUUUUCUUGGUGCAUCCUUUGCGAUACUUUUACUUUGAUUUCACGUGAAAAGUAGAUCCCAGUCUAAGUGCAACUUAACGCAAGUGAUUCUAACUCGAUUGCCCUAGUUUAACGCAUUUGUGAUUCUGGUGUGCUCCGCAAAUUAAGCUAUUGCUCUGAAUGUGGGGAUACAUUACCCACAGCCGCACAAACUGGUGUUAAAUUACUCGACCAGUUUCGAAAACGAAACGGUUUGUUUGUCGUUUAAGCACGUUGCGCAGGUCUAGUUGGAGUUGCUAAUCUUAAACGAAGCGGCUUAUCAACUGUUUUUGCCUUUUGCAAAGAUAUGCAGUGUAAUUGUAUCAACAAACGGCAGUGAAUCAGAGUGCGUCAAGUUCAAAAAGUAAUCACAAGUGAUAAUGGCUGAUGUUGAAUCACUAGAUAAAUUCGGUGGUGGAAGGCGAAGGAUCUCUUUUCCUGUAGUUUUCGAUGUCGUUGUUUGUGCUGCUGUCGUCCUGUUCAUCGCGGUCAGCGAGUUCGGCUGGUUCCCGGAGCUGGUCCAGAGGGGUUUCUACUGCGAUGACCGCACCAUCCAGCGGCCCUACAACGGAGACACAAUCACAGCGGGGGUCAUCGUCGUAAGUGGCCUAUUGCCCUUGCUGCUCAUUUGGCUAGCCGAAGCGCUGUUCUAUGCACCGUCUACUGCGGAGUACACGAAAAUGGCCGAUGUUCCUAGCUCACGGAGUUCGACCUCGUGGAGGCAGACUUGGUUCUGGUUCAAGAAGUAUGGCCGGGGGUUGCUUCUGAAGCUGCUGGUGGUUGACGUGUUGAAGAUCUUCGCUGGUGAGCAUCGCCCUCAUUUUCUGGACACGUGUCGACCGAAUGUGGUUUGCGAGGGAAGCGAGUACAUUGCACAGUACACGUGCACCAACACCGAGGAGCGACCGUACUUCAUCCGUGACGCCAGCAAGUCUUUCCCUUCAGGGCACUCGUCCGUCAGUGUGUACGGCGCGAUCUUCAUGAUCUGGUAUUUGCAGUGUAGGACGCCGAAGCUGCGCUCCAGCAUGGCCAUUCCGCUGUGCCAAAUGGUGCUGGCGACUUGGGCAAUGUUCUGCUCGCUUUCGCGAAUCAUCGACAAUCGGCACCACUGGUGGGACGUGCUGGCCGGGGCCGCAAUCGGAGCCGUUACAGCGUUUUUAACGUGCACUUUGAGCUGUAAAAACUUUGCUAGCGCUAAGCAAAGCACGAGUAGCAUCGCGUACAAAGAUCAUGGAACCAACCUGAUAGAAACCAACGGCCAUUACAAGGAGGAAACCCUUCGAAAUAUUAUCCACACCACGUGAAGCGGCAGCAUCAUUUCAACAUUCGAACAGUGCUUUAUUGUUUGUUUUCCGUUGUAGUUUAAGUUUUACACUUUAAGUUACGUAUUUUUUAAUUCAAUUGUGAUUCAUCAGUAGAAGACAUCCGUUACCAUAGUUUUAUGUAUAAAAGAAUCAUUUUAGCUGAAUUAAUUGUGAUAUCAGACUUCAAAGUUGUCUUUCCAAAUCGCAUGGGAAGAAAUAUCUUGUGUACAACAAAAUUGCGAGAGGAAGUGGCGUAAUGCUGGGUAACAUGAAACCGAAUCGUAUUAUUCAAUUUCUUAUUGUCGGCAACAGCCAGGGCUGGGGUAGAUUGAUGCGUCAUGUCGAAGAUGCUACCGCAUGGCACACAGGAGAGAACCAGUUGUAGUAGUUUCCGUUUCUUUUAUUAUCAUGCCGCGCUUAGUUGAGGUGGAUUUAGUAAAAUGUUGAUGAAUGAGCUUUCGAAGCUGUACCUGAUACAAUCAUUGGGAAAAGUAUUAUCAUGUUUCGAGGAGGUUCAUUCAGCUGUAAAAGGUAGUAUUUAUGUUUAAUAAGAGCGAAUCAGUCUUAAAUUACCAGAAAAAAUGUUUACUCAAUGUUACCUGGAUUAGGGAGUAUGUCUUAUAAUAUUUAGAGGAAAAACAGGACAUUAAUUGCAAAAACAUACUCUAUUAAGAUUUCAGAACAGAUUUCAUUUUAAUGACAAAAUUGACUACUCAAUACUAUACGUAAAUUUAUAGUCAACGAAUAAAGAUAAUUGUGUACAAUAAA